GAUAUGAGAAACAGAGGAAAAUAGUUUUGACAUCAGGGGACAAGAAGACUAAAUUAUCACCGGCUGGGUCUUCUUUUGUCUAAACAACAUGUUUUCAGCAGAACAAAGUUGCUGGUUUGUCCGUAAGGUGAUAUGUUGGAGAGCUGCGGCCAGUAUUGCUUGGGCUGUCCUGCUGUUGCCACCCACCACAUCUGUAUUUGUGAUCCUCGGCGGAUUCAGUCUUUUCCACCCCAUCCAGACGAUAUCAGAAUGCCUGUCCCUCAUAGGAAGUGCAAGUGCCAUGCUCUCUCUUAUCCUACUGUGUGGAGUGAUCCUCAUGGUUGGCUUCCUGAACCUCGAGUAUUAUACAGUCAUCCCAACAAUAGCAUGCUCAAGAAUUGCCCUUUUGGGUCAGCUGCUCCACCCUCAUCAGUUUGUCAACUCCUUGGCCCACUGCAUUAUGGGAGUAAUCGUGGCUGGGUGUUGUGCCGUCAUCAUCGGGGGCAGAUACGAGACGCUCGGCUACCCUUGUACACAGAGUGAUGGCUCCCCUCAGAUGUGUCUGAACGAGUAUCACCUCAUCCUUCUGCUGGCGGGAGCCUUUGUGGGAUUUUCUCACAGUCUGUCGGGUGUGAUCCACAACAUGAACUACGUUUCUUUCCACGCUGUUCAGCAAUACAAGUACCUUCGCUUUAAGGGAUCCUUACCUUUGGUGGUGAAGUGCAGUGCCACUCAAGCACUUUACUCUAUCAGGAACUACAUUGUAGUGUAUUUAUUUUUGGGUUACAUCCCGAGAGCAUGGAUCUGUAAAACACUUGAUCUCCAUUUGAACAGCUCCGUCCAUCCUCUUGACACCGUCACUGGACUGCUGGACUUGUCCCUGUUCUACCACCUGUGGAUCAGUGCCACCUUCCUCCUCUUCACAUGGUACAUCACACUGCUGCUCUUCAGGAUCUUUGUCACUGAGGUGUACAGUUUUCCUGUCCAGUCGUCUUUUACCGAUGCUGCCCACCAGUGUCUUCCAAAAGUUCUUACUGACAAGCAACCAGUGAUACUGAAGUUUCUAGCCUUGCAGGACUUGGCUCUGCUGUCUCAACAUUCCCCAUCACGACGCGCUGAGGUCUUCAGUCUGAGUCAGCCAGGUGGUCAUCCUCAUAACUGGAACGCCAUCAGCAAGGAGUGUUUGUCUCUGCUGGCUGACCUCACCCAGAGACUCGUAGCCUAUCAUGAUACUGUACAAACCAACGGCAGAGCAAAAUCACUGUCUACGGGAAGUGAAAGGAAGACUUCAUCUGAGACGUCAGUAACCUCAGGCACAGAGGAUCUCAUGAGUCCGAGGCCCAAUUUACUGAUAAAAACACCGGCCUCUGUCUUUUCCCGCUCCAUCGUUGGCGGCCCUCUGAGCCCUCUGACAGCACCGUUCACCCCUGACCUGAACAGCCCCUUCGCUUCUCCAGCCAUGCGCCGUCUCACCGCUCCGGUGGAACAGUGCUCACCAUGGCACGGCUCCGUGCAGAGCCCCCACAUCAUGAGGAGAGCCCCAAAACUCUGGUCCACCUCCACAGAUUCACAGGCUAAUGGCAGUCCUCCUCCAUCCCCUGCUUCAGUUCUCAGUCCCAAGCAGGAAUCCUCCAAACCAAGUCUCCUGGCUCUGUUCCUCCAGAACAGAAAAGAACAGGUUAAACAUUUCUUGGGAAAGCGGGUGCUGAUAAUGUAUUUGUUUAACAAGCUCCCAGAAGCCUCCAGUCAAGCUCUGUUUGCAGACAGCCAGGCUCACAUCUGGGCUUUAGAGGGGCUCUCUUACCUCGUCGAAGCCUCGUUCUCAGAAGACCAGUUUGGCGUCGUACAGACUGCACUACCCAGCAUCCUCAGCUGCAUGCUAGUCUUACAAGAGGCUGUAGAUCGACACUUCAAGCUGCCUCACGCCUCCAGUAAGCCUGUCAGGUCAACAAGCAGCAUGGGAGACUCUAGUUACAAAACACUUCGCUUUGCUCUCAGGGCCACACUCAAGACCGCCAUUUACAGGAUAACAACCACCUUUGGAGAUCACUUGAAUGCUGUUCAGAUGUCUGCAGAGCACCGGAAACGAUUGCAACAGUUUCUGGAGUACAAAGAAUAGCACACCUGACGCUCGGCUCUUCUGCCUUCUGAUUGUUAUUAGCUUAAUUUGUGUGUAUGCGCGCGCACGUGUAUCCACAUCAGCUUAAGCGAGGCAACGAGUGAAAGCCCAUGAUAGUGCCUCUUUUAAUAUUUAUGUCUGCACUAUGUUGUGGCGGAUUGUGUUUGAUAGGCUAGAUCACAUCAUCUGCCGUGCACGCGGUGGCAAAGUCCAACCGACAGACUGAACCAGGUUGCAGGGGUUCGUUUAAAGACUGUCAGCCGCCGCUCUGGAGAAAGUUAAACGAGCCCAUCGGUGGAUAAGUGACUCAUUCCAAAAACAUUCAUUUGUAUCAAAAGAACAUCAAGUAAUCACAUUUGACUUGUGCUCAUUGGGAUGAGUUGAAAAGGGCUGUUUAUAAUGAAUUAUGUAUGUUGUUUUGGUUUCAUACUUCAUCUUCUGUCUGCUUGAAUUAUACUCGUGAUCUGAAAACAUUUUUGCAUCAAAUGUGCUGAGCUUGAGGGGCGUCAUGAACGUGUCCUGUGUUACGGGACCUCUUCAGUUUCACAGGUGUCUGGGACUGUAUUCUGAAUAUGUAUUUUCUUAGGUCUGGUUUUGUUCUAAACACCAGCCUGGAGAACUGGUUUACAGCUGUGCACAUCAGCUCAGGUUCUCCAGCUAGAAGUUAUACUGUAGUCAGAUUUACAGAUUGGACACCCGUUUGUACAUUAGCUGUUGUUUUUGUCAAGUUUGAAGCUGUCAUUCAUGUCAGAUCAAGGAUGGAGAUUUGUUGUGACUGGUUACAUGUGUGGGUAAAUGUUUUGAUAGUCACUGCCAACAGUUUAAAUUCCCACUCACAACCUGUUGAAUAAAUAUAUGAUG